AUGGAGUAUUAUUCAUCAUUAGAUGCAUCUCAACUAGAUUCAGAAAGACCUACUCUUUUUGAAUUAAUAUCAGCAAAUCAAUUAGAAGCAUUACUAUCUCCCUCAUUAAGAUAUAUACUAGUUCACUAUGCAAGCAGAUAUCCGAGGUAUCUUCUAAAACUAAACAAUCAUUUUGAUGAAAUAAACUUAAUACUACGAAGCUUCAUAGAAUGGUACUUUUUGAAAUACUGGCAAGGAUCAUUUACAGAAAAUUUCUAUGGGUUGAAAAGAGUAAAUCAAACACCUUUAUCACAAGGUAAAUUCAAUAGUGGGAAAUUAACACAAUUAGUACCAUCAAUGAUUGAAGAUAGAAGAGAGUUAACCACUUUACAAAAGCUCAUAUCAUUAUUUGAAAUCACAGGUGUAUCUUUCAUAUCUGAGAAAAUAAAUUAUUGUUACGAAGUAUGGUAUACAAAAUAUAUCACCAACCAAUUGAAUACCCAUGAAUCAUUAUCAAGGAAAGAAAACAUCAAAAUUCAAAUAAAAAGAAAAUUUAUCGAAAUAUAUCCUUAUAUUCAAAGUGGGUAUAGACUAGCAAAUUUCAUUACAACUUUACUUUAUCUUAGUGGUUCUACUAAAUCACCAACUAUACUUACAUAUUUGUUUAAAAUGAAUUAUUCAAGAUUAAAUCAAUACGAUUAUGAUAAAAAUGAACCACGAGAUAAGUUGAAAGACUCAACCAAGAGACAAAAUAAAAUUGCACCGCCAACAACAAUAGAGUUCCUUUUAAAUUUUUUGAGUAAUAAAAUCACUCAUCCAUCUUGGAAAUUAGUUAAAUUAAUACUUGGUACAUUUUUCCCAGUUGCAAUUUUUACUUUGAAAUUUCUUGAAUGGUGGAACAAUUCUAAUUUUUCACAAAAAUUAUUGAAAAAUUCAGGUAAUUCUCUUGAUUUUACCUUACCACCUCCAUCAGCCUUAACGUUAUCGUUAAAAAGUUUAGGAAACAAGAGUAAAUCACUAGUUAAAAAACCUUCCAAAAAGCCGUAUAAAUCAGGUAAAUUAUGUCCAUUAUGUAAAAAGGAAAUGACUAAUCCAGCAAUAAUUGAAACAGGUUAUGUUUUUGAUUAUUCAUGUAUAUAUAACUAUUUAGAGAAAUCACACAUCAUAGUAGCUAAACAAAAAGAUGAAAUUGAAAUUGAGAAAGAAUAUAUAGAUGAUGAUGAAGAAGAAGAAGAAAUAGAAAAAGUGGAAACAACCAUAGAUAUUGAUAAAGGUGGUAGAUGUCCAAUAACUGGUAGAAAGCUAUUAGGAUGCAAAUGGAACCCUUUGAAAGAAGAAUGGCAAAUUGAAGGUGUAAGAAGAUUAAUUUUUUAA